UCGGGAGUGAAAAAGCGCUAUAUAAACUCAAAUAUUAUUAUAAACUAUGAAUAAUUAAAAAAACAAUAAUAGUCUUGGCAUUUAUUUGCGAUGAGUUUCAAACUGUUUUCAGAUUUUUUUUUUUUUAAAUGUUCUUGAUCCGUGAGUAUUUUGGGGGUUGUCUCGUAAUCUUUUGUAUACACCUUUUGUACAUUAUUCUCUCUAUUGUCUUUCUUUCAGUGGCUUAUUGUAUAUACUUUUUGUUAAUUGUAUAAAAUUAAUUGUAUUACGUUAAUUCAUAAAUAAACAAAAUUAUUUAAUAGUUACUGUUUUUUUGGUGUGACAUGGUCGAUAAAAACACAGCACUUGAAGCUGAUACAAAUAAACCAACUCAAUGUGUACUGUCUGUUGUGAUUGUUUGUGUCUGCGGAGAAUAAUUUAAAAUGUGAACAAGUUAGUUUGGGGAUUUCCCUCAAUGGCUUUGCAAUACCACUUUUUGUCACCGUUACUCUGGUAACAGUGACAUAUUAAGAUCAAAGUCCAGAAAAUGCUUAACAAAUGACCGAGUUGCCCAACAUUGUUUCCAGUGUACGCCUCAGAUUUAUUGAAAGUGCAGAUUUAUUGAAAGCACAAUUACAGAUCUCAUUAAAGAUCUCACAGACCAACUGGACAUUCAAGACAACAAACUACUGAAUUACACCAGCAUGGCAAGAAGCAGUCCGUACAGUUGUGGAUAUGACAUUGAAAUCAUGAUCAGAACGGGCGUAUGGGAUUGGCGUCAUAGGACAUCAAAGCGAUAUAGAUGGCCACGGGAGGCCAUUCUUUUAGUUCAAAGUGACAGACUGAACAAGAUUUACCACAGCACUCCGAAAUCAAUGCCCAUUGGAGGAGCACAACACGCAGAGUGUGCAUUCCUGGAAGACCUUGAGUCAGCAGAUCAGUCUUUAUCAUUGGACGACCUGAUUUCCCAGAUCCUGAGCUUGUCCCAGCAGAUGACUAAAUACGAACUGUACAUCAACUACUCGCCAUGUGUUGAUUGUGCUGACCGGAUCAUACAGUUCAUCAAUAACCAUCCUUCUGUUGAAUUUCACAUCCACUAUGCCAUGACCUACCAGGAUGGUGGCGGUCUCAGAAAAUUAAAGAAUCAAGACAGGAUUACCUUGGCAACCAUGAAUGAUUACAAUUGGCAUGCUGUGGUAUUAUCAUUUCUGGACAUUCACAUACACAAACUGCUAAAGUUGAAACAAAAGUUUCAGGAUAAUUCUGGGUACAAGUCAUUACAGAUAACAGUUGAAGACUUGGGCAUUGAAAGCUCCCCUGGAUGGAUUAUAUGGAGAGAGAAAUCAGACAAGAAUGAAAAAAAAAACCUUCAAACAAUCAAUGAGGAAGUUUGUGACCUCAAGGAAGGCUGUAACGAUGAGAAAAAAUAUAAGGAGUGUUAUGAUGAAUGGGAAGGUUAUGAUGAGGAAGGUUGUGACGGGGAGGAAGGUUGUGACGGGAAGGGCAAAUGUGACGACGAAGAAAAUUGUGACGAUGAGGAAAGUUGUGACGAUGAGGAAGGGUAUUACGAUGAUGAGGAAGGUUAUGAUGAUUGGGACUAUUACAAUUGUUGGGAAGAUUCUGAUGGGGAAGGUUGUGACAGGGAGGACAGCUGUGACAAGGAGGAAAAUUGUGAUGGGGAGGAAAGUUGUGACGAUGAGGAAGGGUAUUACGAUGAUGAGGGAGGUUAUGAUGAUUGGGAAAGUGAUGUUCGCUUCAGGAGAGGUCAUCGGCCAUAUGGGGUUGCCGUUGGCCAGUAUGGGAGAGCUUAUCGCCCAUAUAAGGUUGGUUAUAGACACUAUGGGAGAGGUUAUCGACAAUACGGGAGUGGUUACGGCUACUAUGAGGGGGGUUAUGAUUACUUAGAGAAAGGUUACGGCGCCGAAGAAGGUUAUGAUGAUGUAGGUUUUGAUGAUUAAGAUAUGAUGAGACAGGUUACCCACCGUAUGGGGUGGUCUUUGGCCGCUAUGGGAGAGGUUAUAUCAAUCAAACAUAUAAAUGAUAAAGAGUGAUAACUGAAAGAAAAGUUUCAGGAUAAUUCUAGUAACAAGUCACUUGGAAAUGAAAGCUCUCCUACAUGUAUCGUAAUUUCCUGGGUAUAAGGCGCUUGUAUUUAUACGCAGUAUAUCCAAUAAAGAAGGUAAUCAGACAAAACUGAAAAACACAAAAUAAAUAAAUAAAUCUAGGAGAAAGUUUGUGACAUUAGUGAAAGUAAAGGCCACUGUGGGGUUGGUUACAUGGUCGAAAUGAGGGAGAUUUUAAAUGAUUUAGAGGAAAGUUAUGAUGAUGAGUAAGGAUGGACAUUAUUGGUAAUUAUUCAAAAUAAUUAUUAGCACAAAACCU